AUGACAUCAACAAUUCCCGAACUUCCUAUUUUCAAUCUCGGCCCGUCCACACUGCUGGAUAUUGCAACGGACUUGGUCAACCGGGUUCAACAAGCUGCGAAUGACUUGGUCAACCGUGUUUUGCCGCAAAACGCGACAUUUGAGAAUACUCUUCGCCCGCUGGCAGAUAUUGACAACGAGGUCAAAGGGAAAGUUCAAUACCUCGCCCUUUUCCAGGCAGUUUCCCCUUCGUCAGAAAUGCGGACGGCAUCCUCAACAGCUGUGAAUAUGGUGGAUAAGGCAUAUUGGGGUGUCUUCCAGAUACCGUCUCUUUUUGCUUUGGUCAACGUUGUUUAUAAGAAGCACGAGGAGGAUAGCCACGCCGAGGAAAAUGCAAAGAGUGAAGAUCGAAAACUUCUCAAAAGAUUCCACUCAAUGUUUAUGGAAAAUAGGCUUGAACUACAAGGGGAUAAGAGGGACCGAUUCCUCUGGAUCUCGAACCGUCUAAUCGAGCUACGAGUUGCAUUUAUGGAAAAUCUUAGCUGUGACCCUGGCUGUUCUUACUCCUCCGCGCGGAAACACAAGCAGCCAGUUGCCACCGCAUUAGUAUGCAAUGUCUCGCAGUCAUCGUCAGACAAGCCGGCUCUUCUACAGCGUCGAGAAUUAAUCACGAUUUUUCAUGAGUUAGGUCACGCACAUAGCACCCGUAUAUUGGCGGCUGACAUGUGGCUUUCCAAUUUCCACUCGAAUCCAAUGAGCAGCGAUGCCGGUCUCCGAUACCGAAAAAUGAUACUGGCACCUGGUGGAAGUCAAAAUGAGAUGAUGGCACUCAAGGCAUUCUUGGGGGGUCGCCCACGAUUGACGCAUAUCUUCGAGAUCUUGAUGCUCGUUAAUAAAGCAAACCAGCUGUGCAAUUAA